GGCGUCGCGGUCAUGGCGACUGGCGAGUAUACAGUUUAAAGAGGUGGCAACACUGUCUUUUUCUUUUUGGUCUAACCUGUCAUUGCGGAUUGUCGAGGCGGGUUUUUAAAUCCUAGCCAUGGUGCGUAUGAACGUUUUGAGCGAUGCUCUUAAAUCCAUACACAAUGCCGAGAAAAGAGGCAAAAGACAAGUGCUUAUCCGGCCCUGUUCCAAAGUGAUUGUCAAGUUUCUGACUGUGAUGAUGAAGCAUGGAUACAUCGGUGAAUUCGAAAUAGUAGAUGACCACAGAGCGGGCAAAAUAGUAGUAAACCUCACAGGCAGGUUAAAUAAAUGUGGCGUUAUUUCUCCACGAUUUGACGUACCCAUUAAUGAUAUUGAAAGGUGGACUAACCUUCUUCCAUCCCGGCAAUUCGGAUACCUUGUCUUAACAACAAGUGGAGGCAUCAUGGAUCAUGAAGAAGCCAGAAGGAAACAUCUUGGAGGAAAGAUAUUAGGUUUCUUUUUCUAAGUAUAAUCAAUAAAUUUCAAAAUGUA